ACCGCCAAAACCCCCGCACUCGACGUAGAAGACCCUAGACGUAUUGUGAUUGAUGCAGUCGCAUCAUUCGGGCCCUAUGGAUAUAGCAGCUAUUGGGAGGUCUUGCUGAUGCUUCAGAGAAAGCACAAGAGAAAGGGGCAAGGAAGGCCCAGAAGUUCCGAGCGCUUCGAGAACGUCUUAUCUCUGAGCUAAAAAUGGAGAGUGACGAGCGUAAGCGUCUCAUCUUGUUCAACGAUACGAUCGAGGCACAAGCGUUGUCUACCGGGUGGCAGACGGAGGAUAUCAAGAAAGCCUCGGACGUUUUGGCACGGAGGGAAAUCUGUAUACGCCAACACAAGCAGUACAAACAACUCUUCGAGACCAAAGGUCUGGAGAUCGCGGAGCCGUUCCGGUCGCUUUUUCUACCCGCUAUCGAGUUUGCAGGGCCCCCACCGCCCGCCAAUACUCCUAGAGGCCAAGAGAACAAGGAGAAGGAGCUUCGUGAUGCAGUGGUAGAGGCAUUGCGCCCAGAACCAAAAGGGCGCACCAAAGCCCAGCCCCCUCGUCUUAUAGCCAGACCCCCAGGCAACAUCAAGGCCGCCCUGAGCGAAGCUAGCACCAAGACUUUUCGAAACGAAGCCAAUAUCAAGACUGCCCGACAAGGUCGCUCAACACGUCAGGACACCUCCCAGCGGAAACGAACUGCCAGCCGUUCCAAUGUUCGCGGUGUUAAAACUCGUGUUGCAAAGAAGAUACGAGGAAUCAAGUCCGCCGCGAAUGCUGAUACGACCGAUGAGUACAAGGGCGCCUCUAAAGCGGGGCCACGCGAAGAAGAUACUGGUGAAUGGGUAUAUGAGUCGGAUGACUCCUGGCAUGGCGAGUAGUCGGCGGGCAUGUGCGAACGAUUGCAAUGUCACAUAAGAUUGGGACUAUUUUGCGCUGUCCUAAAGAAGUACAGCUGUAUGGGUUUGGAUUCGGCUGCACUGAUGAGGGUAUUUGUCUUGUGGCAGAGGCUACAGGGGAGGUCUUGAUUUACUUUGACUUUGUCACUAGCGUGCUGAUAUACACCUGAUUAUCGUUUUCCUAGUUCAAAACCCAAUUUGAAGACUCUAAGUCAG